GAUCUAUCUUUUCCUUUCUUUUUCUUCCUAUCUUUGGUUUCUUUCUUAUUUCUUGUUAUCUUGAGUUCUUGAUUGUUGUGUAAGUGUACAUAUUUGUAAGUUGAUCUCUCUUUUUCCCCCCUUUUUCUGGUCUGAAGAUUUGUUCUUCUUGAUUGAUAUUAGGCUUGCCCAAAUUUUCUUUGAUAACUCUGGUCUGUCUUUGAUUGGAUGUGUCUCCAUGUAGAAGAUUGUGACUUUGUUUAUUUUUGCUUUUUGGUUUCUUGGAAAUUAGUGAAAAGGAAUCACUUUUCUUUCUUUCUUUCUUUUUUCUGUAGCAAAUAGAAUGGAGCUUUUUUUGAACAUUUUUUUAUACCUGAUACUCUGAUCUGAUAUGGGAUUUUUUUAUGCUUAGAUUUGAGGUUUAGUUUGGUGAUGAUUGAAGUUUCCAGUUCUGGGAUCAUCGAAAAUUUACAUUUUUCUAUUUCUUUUCCAGCGUAAUUGAUGAGAUAUCAUUGGAUGAGGAAAAUCCUGUUGUGGGGGAAAAUUUGAUUGUUUCAUGGGCAACACAUGCCGUGGAUCUUUCAAGGGGAAACUUUAUCUGGGCUACAGUCAGCCCGAGGAUCAUUCUUCCAAGCGUAACAACACUUCUUCCGACCGUUCCAAUUCUGAUUAUUCCCCUUCUAGUUUAAACGCUCAGCAACUUAUUGCCCAAGAAUUCUCCAAAGAAACUAGCAAAAAAGAUACCCAUUUGGCUCUGAUUAGCCCCACCAAGAAAGAUAACAUCAUGAGACGUGGUGGAGUUGAUCACCAGGCUUAUUAUGUUUUGGGUCAUAAGACUCCUAACAUCCGUGACGUUUACACUUUAGGUCGUAAGCUAGGACAAGGACAGUUUGGGACUACUUACUUGUGUACUGAGAUUUCUACAGGCAUUGAGUAUGCCUGCAAGUCUAUAUCCAAAAGGAAGUUGAUUUCCAAGGAGGAUGUGGAGGAUGUAAGGCGGGAGAUUCAGAUAAUGCAUCAUUUGGCUGGUCACAAGAAUAUUGUGACGAUUAAAGGUGCAUAUGAGGAUUCUUUGUAUGUCCAUAUUGUGAUGGAGCUUUGCUCUGGAGGUGAGUUGUUCGACCGAAUCAUCCAGAGGGGACAUUACACUGAGAGGAAGGCUGCUGAAUUGACAAAGAUUAUUGUUGGGGUUGUUGAAGCUUGUCAUUCACUUGGGGUUAUGCAUAGAGAUUUAAAGCCUGAAAACUUUUUGUUAGUUAACAAGGACGAUGAUUUCUCUCUCAAGGCCAUUGAUUUUGGACUCUCUGUCUUCUUUAAACCAGGCCAAGUUUUUACUGAUGUGGUUGGAAGCCCAUAUUAUGUCGCUCCUGAAGUACUCCUCAAACAUUAUGGACCAGAAGCAGACGUGUGGACUGCAGGAGUUAUACUCUAUAUAUUGCUAAGUGGCGUGCCACCAUUUUGGGCCGAAACGCAACAAGGAAUAUUUGAUGCAGUGUUAAAAGGAUAUAUUGACUUCGAUUCAGACCCAUGGCCCCUGAUAUCUGAUAGUGCUAAGGACCUAAUCCGGAAGAUGUUAUGCUCUCGACCUUCAGAGCGGCUGACUGCUCAUGAAGUAUUAUGUCAUCCUUGGAUUUGUGAAAAUGGGGUUGCCCCUGAUAGGGCACUGGAUCCAGCUGUACUUUCUCGUCUUAAACAAUUUUCAGCAAUGAAUAAGCUAAAGAAAAUGGCUUUACGGGUAAUAGCUGAAAGUCUCUCUGAGGAGGAGAUUGCUGGUUUGAGAGAAAUGUUUACAGCUAUGGAUACUGAUAACAGUGGUGCAAUCACAUUUGAUGAACUCAAAGCUGGUUUGCGAAGAUAUGGCUCUACCUUGAAGGAUACGGAGAUAAGGGACCUUAUGGAUGCAGCUGAUGUCGACAAUAGUGGGACCAUUGAUUAUGGGGAAUUUAUAGCUGCAACAGUUCACCUUAAUAAACUAGAGCGUGAGGAACAUCUUGUUGCAGCAUUCCAAUACUUUGAUAAGGAUAGAAGUGGCUAUAUUACAGUAGACGAGCUUCAGCAAGCUUGUGCUGAGCAUAACAUGACAGAUGUUUUGCUUGAGGAUAUAAUCAGAGAAGUUGAUCAAGAUAAUGAUGGAAGAAUCGAUUAUGGUGAAUUUGUUGCCAUGAUGCAAAAAGGCAAUGCAGGAAUUGGUAGACGAACCAUGCGAAACAGUCUGAAUAUGAGCAUGAGAGAUGCCCCAGGUGCUCAAUAAUUUCCAGCCAGGCACAUCAUGUACAGAUUUUUCAGCAACGUCAGAAGAAGAUGGUCCGUGACAAAGCUUUCAGGAAACAGCUUUGGUUCCUCCCAUGCUCCAGGACUUUGUCACUGAAUUGCUGGUUAUGGAAGGUUCUUUGUUUGAGCAUUUACUGAGAUGCUAUUGGUUUAUGAUGCUAUAUGACCAAUCAUAAGCUUUGUAGACUUCAGCAGUGUGAAUUGUUGCAGUUAUUGAAAUUACCAAGUUAUUAGCAAUAUCUUUAAUCGAUGCUUGCUGUUGAUUUUUGAAGAAAAGGAUUUUCAGAUAUUGUGCUUUGAAACUGGUUCCUUUUUUCUUUCUUCCUUUAUGCGAAAUGGCUCUCGGGCUUGGCUGAGCAAAUAGAUAGGCCUAUUUGUAUCAUAGAAGGUAAAUUGAGAAUUAAAAGAAGAAAAUAGAAGGAGAAUAAAAAAAAAAGUCAUAACUUAAUUGCAUCUGUAAUAAAACCAGGAUUGCAAUUAUAACAGCGUAGGAUCACAUUCCUUGUCACGUAUGCCAAGCAUUCGGUGAUAUAUGUCAAUUGUUUUUAUUAUCAUUAAAAUGUCUCCUGGGAUUAUUGGCAAAGGUGCUUAUCUCUUACAGUGAGGUUAUUCUGACCGCUAAAUUUCAGUGGAUCGAUUUCUUUUUCAA